UAUACUGUGUAUUUUAUACCAAAUUUGAUUGAACUGAGCAGUUCAGACAUUACGUUACACCUGAUAAAGAUUAAAGAGUUUUUUGAUUAUUUAUUAAGUUCAGUUUUACAAUUUAUAUUUCCCCACCCUAACCUCCGCACAGUUACUCUCCAGCCAUCGCUAGAUUGAGGACUGAGAGUGAGAGUAAAAAACAACUACCUUUAUGCAAAAAUCUGUCCUUUACAAACCUCUUUAAAUCUUUUUAGACUCCCACUGCUUUGUAGGUGAAAUGGCUGAGCGGAAGAAGAAGCGUCCUGCCCUCGCAGGGCCCCACAGCUCCUCCCCUGUGACAUCUGACAAGUCAUCUGAUCAGAAGAUCAGUUCCUGUAUCGAGCCGUCAGUCAGUUCAGAGAUGAGUGCAGAUGGGUCCACGAGUCCCAGCGGUGUCUCCAUGAAGAGUGAUGGAUCCAUGUACAGGCCAACUACCUUUGGUGUUAAGAAGUCCAAACGUUCACAGAUGAGUGCAGAUGGGUCCACGAGUCCCAGCGGUGUCUCCAUGAAGAGUGAUGGAUCCAUGUACAGGCCAACUACCUUUGGUGUUAAGAAGUCCAAACGUUCACAGAUGAGUGCAGAUGGGUCCACGAGUCCCAGCGGUGUCUCCAUGAAGAGUGAUGGAUCCAUGUACAGGCCAACUACCUUUGGUGUUAAGAAGUCCAAACGCUCUGACUGGGACCAGUCUGAUUCACCAGCAGCCGAACCCUGCCCGAAGAAACCCAAACAAGAUCCUGAACACCAGGGGGAUGACACUGGGGACACACGUCUUUUGGAAGCAAAGAAGAAUCUUAAGAGAGAAAUGAAAAAGAAAUGCACUUCGAUACCUGAAGGUAAUAGUGACCAACAGAGUUCGCUGAACAAAAUCUACACAGAACUCUACAUCACCACUGGGGAGAGUGAGGAGCCACAUCAAGAGCAUGAGUUCAGACACCUCGAACGUAAAAAAACAGAAGCAUCUCCUGAAGGUACAGUCAGCCUCAGCAACAUCUUCAAACCUUUGCCUGGCCAAGAGAAACUCCACAGAACAGUCCUGACGAAGGGCAUUGCAGGCAUUGGAAAAUCAUUUUCUGUGCAGAAAUUGAUUCUUGACUGGGCCGAGGAGGAAGGAAACCAGGAUAUUGAUUUUAUUUUCUGUCUGGCUUUCAAAGAGAUGAAUUUGAGCACAGAUACAAAAAGCUUGGACAAGCUGCUGAAUGAAUUCCACCCUGCUCUCCACAGUUUGAACGGUUCAACUGAUUAUGUUGAAACCAAGGUUUUAGUGAUCCUGGACGGCCUGGAUGAAAGCAGACUUCAACUGGACUUUGAGAACAAUGAGACUGUAACGUCUGUCAGUGAAGUUACGUCUCUUAAUAACCUCCUAUCAAACCUGAUCCAGGGUAACCUUCUUCCUAAUGCAAAACUCUGGAUAACUUCCCGUCCAGCAGCAGCCAAUCAGAUCCCUGCAAAGUAUGUCGACAUGGUGACAGAGAUAGCAGGGUUCAAUGAGUCACAAAAAGAGGAAUACUUCAGGAGGAGAUUUAGUGAUGACUUGACUCUUGCUAAAAGAAUCAUUUCACAUAUCCAGUCUUCAGUGAGUCUCGACAUCAUGUGCCAGAUCCCAAUCUUCUGCUGGAUUUCUUCUGUGUUAUUCCAGGAUUUUUUCAGUGGAGAUGGCAAAGCUGAAACUCCUCAAACUCUGACAGAGAUGAUGGCACAUUUCCUUUUUGUUCAGACAAAACGUAGAAGCAGAAAAUAUGACCAGAAGAAGAUUAAGAAAAAAGAAGAGAAUCUUCUGAAGACACACAGAGAAUUUCUCCUGAAACUCGGCAAACUGGCAUUUGUUCAUCUGCAGAAGAACAACCUCAUCUUCUAUGAGGAAGACCUGGAAUACUGUGGCAUCGAUAUUAACGAAGCAUCUAUCCACUCUGGAUUUUGCACCACAGUUCUUAGGGAAGAAGAACUCUUUUCUCAGAGAAAGGUUUUCUCUUUUGUUCAUCUGACCAUACAGGAGUUCUUUGCAGCUCUCUAUGUCUAUGACUGUUUCACAAACAAGAAUACAACAGAGCUCAGCAACUUCCUUGAUGUGAAAGACAAAGAACAUACUUUACUUGAUCUUCUAAAGAUGACAGUUGAAAAAGUAUUAGAGAAAAAUAAUUGCCACCUGGCUUACUUCUUGCGAUUCCUCCUUGGCCUUGUGGUUGAAACAAACCGGAGAGUCCUUCAGGGUCUGCUGACGUCACCGGACCCAAGCCAAGAUACCGAAAAGAAAAUCUUGACUUACCUCAAAUCCAUCCGAAGAAAGACCCUCUCUCCAGACCGUUGCAUCAGCCUUUUCCAGACCAUGGUUGAGAUGAGAGACCAGAAAGUCAAAGAUGAGAUUCAGGAAUAUCUGAUGUUGGAAGAUCGUUCAAAAACUAAGCUGACUCCUAUGCACUGCUCUGCACUGGCCUACAUGCUGCAGGUAUCGAAGAAUGAUCUGGAUGUUUUGGACUUGAAGAGUUACAACACAUCAGAUGAGGGUAGAAGGAGGCUGAUACCAGCAGUGAAGAGCAGCAGAAAGGCAAUACUAGCAGACUGCAAAGUGACCACAGAGUGGGUUGAACACCUGGCGUUUGAUCUCAAGUUCCCCAACACACCUCUACGAGAGCUGGACCUGAGCAACAAUGACCUGAAAGAUGAAGGAGUGAAACUGCUCUGUGAUGGACUGUUGAGUCAAUGCUGCAAACUAGAGAUACUGAGGUUGUCAGGUUGCAUGGUCACUGAGACAGCCUGUGGUUUUCUGGCCUCAGCUUUGAAAUUCAACCCCUCCCAUCUGAGGGAACUGGAUCUCAGCUACAACCAUCCAGGAGACUCUGGAGUGAAGCUUCUCCUUGAGCUGAAGGAUGAUCCACAAUACAAGCUCAGCAUACUCAAUGUUGAACAUGGUGGAAAACACCGGAUGAUACCAGGAUUCAAGAAAUAUGCCUGUGAGCUCACUUUGGAUCCCAACACAGCCCACAAGAACCUCCAUCUCUCUGACGGGAACAGGAAGGUGACCUGGACGGAAGAGGAGCAGUCGUAUCCAGAUCAUCCAGAGAGGUUUGAUCAGUGGCCACAAGUGCUGUGUGAGAAGGGUUUAAAUGAGCGCUGCUACUGGGAGUUCGAUAUGUUGAAGCCCUUCAACAUUGGGGUGACAUACAGAAGCACUGAGAGGAAAGGGGAUGUGAAUGAUUGCAAGCUGGGACGCAAUGACAAGUCUUGGAGUCUUAAUUGCUGUAAUGCUGGUUGUUUUGUUCUGCACGGCAACAAGCGUAUCAGUGUAUCUUCCCUUUCCUCACGCUCUAGUCGGGUGGGGGUGUAUCUGGAUUGGCCGGCUGGCACUCUGUCCUUCUACAGAGUUUCCUCCGACAGUCGGAUUCGCCUCCAUACCUUCAAAACAACAUUUGAUGCACCCCUCUAUCCUGCUGUUGAACUUCGCACUCAUUCCUCUGCAUUACUUUGUCAGCUACCAUAAACAAACUUUAACCGCAACACAUGAGUGACCUUACGCCUAGAUUUGCAUAAGGUCGUGACAUGUCCUAUACGAGCAAGGGGCUACUUACUUGUUACUACCAAUAAUUUUAGCAAUCUAGACUUGACAUUUUAGAAACCACACAGGAUUAAUUGCUCCUAUCCUCAGUAUCAGGGCGGGUUUGCGUGAAGUGAAAGAGGAAUAUGUACUAUAUCGUUUUGUCAGUCAGUCCACCACUCAGACUGAAAUAGCUCAACAACCAUAAGAUGAAUUGCCAUGAAAUCUGGUACUGACUUUGGUCAUCCUUUGUAUUUUACCCUAGUGCCAUCAUGAAGUUGAGGUUUUGAGGAAAAUUUCUCAAAAGCUGUUUGGUAGCUUAUUCUGAAAUUAGGUACAUUCAUGUCGCCCUCAGAAUGAAUUGUAAAAACUUUGGUGAUCCCUUAACUUCCCUUUAAGACCAUCAUUGGGUCUAUUUGUCCAAUACUUUAGUUAAUUACCAAAUAACUUUACUUAACUGAGUCACUAUCAUAGUGUUGAGGCCUCUGUGGUGUUUCAUUUUAUAUAGUGGGAUCUUGUUGCGAAACCUUGACCAAAAGGAAUACUUUUUCUCUGCUGGUUCGCACUGCAAAUGGUGGUCAAGACAUAGUCCAGCACAUAACCCCUGGGCACAUCGCAACGUGUCAUUUAGUCUUAGUAGGGAUUAAACAAACCAGACACAACGUAUUAAUUUGUGAGUUUUAGAGUUGUGCUUCAUCAGAUUUUGUUACUGUGAGAUGGAGCUAGGCUAGCUGUGCUCUAUGCUAAGCUAAAAGUCUCCUGGCGGGGGCGUCGUGUGGCGUAGUGGUCUAAGCAGGCGCCCCAUGUGUAGAGGCUACAGUCCUCGCUGCAGUUGGCCCCGGUUCGAGUCCCGCAUCGGACGGCCUUUACUGCAUGUCAUUCCCCCUCUCUCUGCCUCCCCAUUUCC